GCAUUUUUGGAGCAGAACCUUGCAGUCCCUGGAGUUUUGCGGUUGCUGUCGCUGCUCUUGGGUCACAAUCUCCUGAUGGGCGACUGGAUCCCGGAUGUGUAGCAGAGACUGCACUGGUAGAACCUUGAGGCUCUCAGAUGCGAUAUAUUAUUUUCUGGAUCUGUGAGGCCUUCUUCCGGUGAUCACAGCGGAUGGCCAGGGAAUUUCAAUCUAAAAAGGCGCUGUCCUGGUGAGCCACCCCACGAAAAUAAAGAAAUCCAGAAAUAAGAUGUGAUAUUGAAUGAAAGCUGCUGCGUGAGAGAAAUCGGGAAGGAAUCGGCAUAAAGGUGAUCUGCAGAACCUUCCAGGAGAGAGAAGACAUUGCAUGUAGACAAGGUACAGGACGUUAUUGUGAAGAAUGAGUAAGAUGGGAGACCACGGAAACUCUAAGAUGGUUACAGACGAACAGAGACCCAGCGACACUCAAACCGAGUCGCCGCCGACCUCCCCACUAUUCGAGGAACUGGAGAGCGUUUUCCUAGAUAACGCAAGUGCAUUGACAGAGAUUGUAGGAGAUGGCCAGAGACCCUGGAAAUCUGCUCCGCCAUCCCCGUCCUGUGAAAGACGAGGCCUUUCAGCCUCAAUGCUCUCACUUAACACAGAAGAAUUUUUUGAGCUCCUCUCCACCGCACAGACCAGACGUCUGGAUGAGCAGAGAGCAACGCUGCCCGAUCGGGUUCUUCCACCCAAAAGACACUUUUCGGUGCCCAAUCGCCGCCAAUUUUCCCUCCCAUCUGACGAAAAAGGAAUUGUCACAGAGCUGCGGCGCAGGAGGGGGACAUCUUGGGCUGGACGGAGUCAAAGGAAGAAACCUCCAUCAAUCAAAAUUCCAGCCCAGGAGGAUCUGUACAACACCAUCUUAGGUCAUCAGUCUCAACGAAUGAAUGACCAACGCAGCUCUCCCCCGAUCCCUCAAGCUGCUGCAGAUCUGUUUGAGAUUUUAUUCCGCCUUCAGGGGAAUCGGCUGGAUGAACAAAGAGUGGAACUGCCUGAGGCACUAGGGGGCGCAUGCUCUUAAGAAAAAAGGGUUUGCUCUACCCUCUACCCAAAAUCCUCUGUCCCACCGCAUCCAACUUCUACAUUGUAAAGUUGUCUCUUAAUGGACAGAAGAUGGUUUCCUUUAUUUUGACCCCUGUACAAGGUGGAAGAAGUGGAAACCAAGAAGGAACCGAACCACUUUUUUUGGGGUUGAUUUUAUGAUAAAGAAUGGUGAAGAUAUUUUUUUUUACCAAUUGGGGUCAAAAUUAACUAUGCAUAAAGUCUGUGCCUUUAAGAAAUAUUUGGUUGAGCCAAUCUGAUCUUCCAGCUAAGGAGGAGAAGUCUUGUAUCCUCCUUGGAUCUUCUAGAGAAGAUCUGGAGUGGAGUCUAGAGAACAAUGAACUGAAUAACAAGUACCUGGCUUGCAGCUUAUAAACAGUUGACUUUUUAUGCAGACAAACGAGGCCUGUGCCUAAGGUGGCCAUAUCAGAAGGCAGGAAAGAUCUUCAAUUUUUUUACAUUUUGGUUGUUCAUUUUUUGAAAAUUUGAUGGAAGAUUAUAAGAUAUCUUGGUCUAAGUGUGCUUUGUACCAUUGCUUUGAAAGCCUAACUUCAGUUGCUCAUAAUCUGUAUUUCUUAAGAGGAUAAAGAAUCACCUGGCACCAAACAUGAGCCCUCUAACCUAUCCUAGCACAUAUCACUUCCAGUACCAUUUUUGCUUUUGCAGGUUCUCCACCUGAACUUGAAGGAGAGCUGCAAUUGAUCAAGGGAAUGUGAGACCCCUCUGGGGAUGGGGCCCCUGGUCACCUCCCUGAUGGUCAAUCCACCCUCUGCUCUAGGUAUAUUCUGUACAAUGUAGUACUUCACGUUGCUUUUAGCGAGUGAUCACAGCGUACAGUACCGUUAAGUGGUGACCAGCCGUUACCUGCUGUACUGUAUACUGCCUCUCUUUGGCUAUUGUAGUAUAUUGUGUGAGACUGAUGUAAUAGGGUUUUCACAUUAGGCGGUAUAACUAUUCUUAGGAUACCAAAUUUUUCACAUUUCAUGUCAUUAUUAAAUCGACAACUAGUUUUAAGUAAAUUGUCAAUUGUUCCUACUUGCACCGAGCAGAGGUUUAGUUUUGUAGAUGACGUACGCUUGACUAGGGCCUCAGCCCCGUCUGUUCUCAUUCUCCGUUCUGCUGGUCUCAUAUCUCCCAGUAACUUGGUGUAUAGAUGAUACAUGCUGGGAGAUGUAGUGUUUACACCAAUGUAGAAAGUAAAUAUGUCCCAGAAUGCAGUGCACCAUGGAAUCUCACAUACGCUGCUAAGGGUAUAUCUGUCAGUCCAUGUAGCAAUGGAGUCCAUUAGGCGCGUUGGAAUCCAUCAUAGGGCGGCUGUGGCACCGCACUGUGUCUAAACGGAAGCCACAAUGAAGGUGAGAACAACGCCUUACCUACGUAGACUAAAAAUGAAAGUUUUCUAAAUCGGUCAGGUUUCUUCAUGGUGCUUCAAGAUGAAAGUUGCAUUUUCAUCUUUAUUUCUUAGUCUGGAAAAGUCGUCACUUUCUCCACCUUAAUAUAGUUUCAUUAAUCUGAUUACUAUAGCAUUGCGCUGUCCUGCAUUAGUAAUCAGAUUAUUUGAAAAUUAAUUAAUGCAGAAUUCUCUUCUUGUAUCUUCUGAGAUUUACGUUCAAUCUGCCAAAUUGUAGUUUUAUAACAACUUACAUCCUAAACCAAUAAGAAUUCGACCUACCCAGCUAAUAACCAGAAGCUACCGCAGUUUUCAUUAUACCGGGGGCAGACUGAACUGUUGGGCUGCCAUAUACGUCCUGUAGCCGUCAUUUGGCUGGAUUUGGCAGAAAUACCGCAGCCCUCGAUGUCUUUAAUGCAAUUCCAAAUUUAUUCACCAAGAAUGCGACAUUUCCACUACAAUGAGUCUUUUUCUUGAAAAAGGAAUGGCAUUGAAGACAUCGCGUGCUGCAGUAUUUCUGCCAAAUCCUUGGUUAUCAGGGGACGGCUGGGCUAAGGCCUAACUCUGCCGCCACCGCCACUUCAUGGACUGUCCGAUUUGGACCUAACGGUAGUGCUGCUUGAUUUUGCCCUUUGGCUGCCAUACUUUCCACUCCACUGACAGUCCAUUGAGGCAGAAUUAUAACCGUGUUUUAAUAUUUUUUGCAAUGAUGGAAUGGUGAACGCACCCUUUAAUGGAUUGUCCUGUUCAGACAAAGCCUUUAGAAAAAACCGCCAAUGAUGAGCAGAUUGCGAGGUGUUCUGUUGCUGCCGUUUCCGGGUUAGGCUGUAAUUCCUCAUUGAAAUCAAUGGUCCGUUGACGUUCAGCAGAGAUGAGCCGGAUUCUCCAGAGGGAGCAGCUCUCCGCCAUGACUCAUAGGUGGGGUCCUGAGUGGGAUACUUAAUCUCUGCCAUGUCCAGCUCUCCAUACAUAAGGUAGCCCCCUCUGCAAUAGGAGACACGGUGAGAUUUUACAGUGCUAUAUGGGCAGUUGCAUAGGCCACCGCUGAUUGCCUUUUUACAUUCCAAAUGUACUGUUUUGUAUCUGCUAUAAAAUCUGAUCAAUAAAGGCAAAUGUUUAAAUACAU